CGCCCAGUACUGCUAAAAAGCCUUCGACAAAGGUGCAAAACUUUUUCUCUUCUUAUUAUUUUCCUUCCAUUAUUUGGAACUAACUGGCUUUGGCCUGUAUGACUAGGUAAGUCGAAAACCCCCAACAAUCCAAAAGAAAAAGAAUGAAGAGGAGAAAGAAGAGGAUAAAGUCCCUAAUGAAGAGUCUGGUGAUGAAUCUCCAGAGUUAAUCCCUCCCCCUCAGAAGAAAAAGAAACUCAUGAAGGUCUCUUCCCAAAGGUCCAUUGCUAACCCAACCAGGAAGGAUCCUGCCAGUGCUUCCUCUGCCAAGCCUCAGUCGAAAGAUAUGGGGAGUGGGAAGUCCAGUUUUAAUACUGAAAUUCCUGAGGAACAAGUGGUUGUCGAAAAAACGCCUGAGAAAAUUCUGGAGGAAAUAGCCCCAGAGGCAGAUGUCUCCGCAAGUGACCAUGAUAUGCAAACCGUAGGAGAGUUCGACACCACUGUGGGUGAAGCCUCUGAAGACGAGUCUCCUCCUCAUCCAGGAUUACAUGCUGCACCUCAGGGUGAUGAUAUUGAAAUGGAGGUUGUGGUCGAAGAUACUCCUGAAGAUGAAGCUGCCAGAGAUGGGGACAAUCAGUCGAAACGAACAGAGGUCGAGCAUACUUCGACGCGAAGCACUCCACCUGCUCCUGACCGGGUCCAAGGGAGUAGCAAAUCAACUGGUUCGACCAGUUUCUCUCGCGAGGAGCUUGAAAAUCUCAAAGUGCAAAGACCUUUGGAGUAUCUGAAAGCCAUGCUUAGCACCCGUUUCAAUUUCCAGGAUUCUUCUCAGAGUAGUUCGACCACUUCUGGGGCGACUUCUGAAGCACCAUCACUUGGCAGCCUUCUGACCAAGAUCAAAACGAAAAUUCUUGAUGUCGAUUUGUUUAAAGUCUUAGAAGAGAAUUCCCUUGCUCAACUUAGUCUUAAGAAACUCUUGAAGCAAGUGAAUGUUUUGGAAACUUCUGCUGAGAUUGGAAGUUUUGUGAUGGAGUUGAUGACUCUCAUUGACUUGGCCACUGCGGAUCUCCAUCGUCAAAGGGAUCUUACCGCUCAAAUCUCCUCCAAAUAG